AUGGACCCAGUCAUAAUCGUAGGCGCAGGACUAGGCGGCCUCCUCCUAGCCCUCCUCCUCGAAACCACACCUCCUUCUUCUACCUCUACCCCUACCCCUGUAAUCCCAUACAUAAUCCUAGAACGCUCCACUGAACGCACAUGGCCUCUUGAAGGUGGGGGUGUCAUCUUCCUCACCUCGCAGAUCCACCCACUCCUGGCCAGACUUGGGAUCUUGGAUGCUUUGCGGAAGAUCUCUCGGCCUGUCGCUGCGCUUACCGUCUACGAGCGCCACCAGUACGCCAAGGCUUCUUCCCGUGCUUCUGCUGAUUUCGCGGGAGGUGUGGGGGUAGCGGGGUCGGCUUCCCAGCAAAGAGAGAGGUCCGCGUCGUCGUCGGGGUCUGGACCUGCGGGGUCGGGAUCGAAGCCCAAGAAGUCGGGAUUUGAUGGUGAUGGCGAUGAUGAUGGCGAUGAUGAUGGCGCGUCGUUUCUGAAGACCAGAUACGAGUAUGACACGCUGGCGAUUUCGAGACCCGAACUGUACAACUUUUUGGUCGAUCGGAUUCCGGAGGAAAAGCUCGUGCUGGGGAAACAGGUCCAUGGACUGGUUUUCCAAGACAUUGCUCAUGGCGGAACAAGGAGCGCAGCGCCAGCGCCAGUGCCAGUUCCAGAUACUGGAAGCAGCAGCAGAAGCAGCGGGAGCACUGAUGGAAGCACGGAAGCGGUAGGAGCGGGACGAGGAGAGGCAAUUAUGACGACGAUGCCUCUAAUGGAAAACCACAGCGGAAGUGCCACCCAUACUUCUGAUAUUGCUAAUACAGCAGCUGUGGUGUGUACAGACGGAUCGCGAUAUGAGGGGAUCGUUGUUGGGGCGGAUGGCGCGUAUAGUACAGUCCGAUUGAGUCUUUACCGACAUUUGAGGGAGCGAGGGCUUUUGACGGCUGAUCCUGCGGACAAGGAGGGUAAUGAAGGUGAUCACCAUGGACCGAUGCGGGCCCAGUUUCGGGUACUUGUCGGGCAGACUCGAGAACUGGACCCGGAUCGAUUCGAGUUUUUGAAGAACGAGUAUUCGGAUGUGCGCGUUUUGGUUUCCCAGGAAGGCGUCCAUCCCUUUGCUUUCUGGUGCGUCCCGAUGACUGAGAACAGGAUCUGUUGGAUGCUUGAAGAUAAACUGGCCGAGGAACAGAUCUGUCCCGAGACUGAGGACUUCACCCAGGACCAACAGGCGAUUUCCCAACUCUGUGAAUUUGUCCGAUCGAUCCCCAGUGCCUGCGGUAAAGGGGUGACGGUGGGAGAGAUUAUUCUAGACUCGACUCCCGAGGAAACUGCCGUGUUACUCUUACGCGAGGAGGGCUACUUUUCAACCUGGACAUAUGGCAAUGUUGCUCUUAUGGGUGAUGGCGCUCCCCUAUACAGGUCAGCCGAUACUUCAAGCUGGCCAGGAUGCAGUGAAGCUGGCCAGUGUCCUGUACGCCCACAGCCUCGAUGCAUCUCCAUCCCUCGCCUGUUCUCCGCCCUCUUCCCUUAA